CCUACGUUAGGCUACCGUCCCCCAGCAACGCCCUAGGCCGAGGUUCGAGCCCCACUCGGGGGCGCCCUUAGGCUCGUUGCUUAAAUUUUGAGGUUGAGAGCCAUCUGCGCUCACCUAUUGUCCGGUGAAGCUGAAAAAGCCGCUCACGGCUAUCAGCAUAGUCCGUCCGAAAAAAAAAAAAAAAAAAAAAAAAAAAAAAAAAAAAAAAAAAAAAAAAAAAAAAAAAUUGACACAGACAGUCUCGACGCGCGCUCGUCGUUACACGUUCACUUUGUGUGUUGAUUUAUUUCUCUACAAACUACAACAACAUGUCGGGUCGCGGCAAGGGUGGCAAGGUCAAGGGAAAGGCAAAGUCCCGGUCCAACCGUGCCGGUCUCCAGUUCCCCGUCGGUCGUAUCCACAGGCUUCUGCGUAAGGGCAAUUACGCCGAGCGUGUCGGUGCCGGUGCGCCCGUGUACCUGGCCGCCGUCAUGGAGUACCUGGCCGCUGAAGUGCUCGAGUUGGCCGGUAACGCGGCUCGUGACAACAAAAAGACCAGGAUCAUCCCGAGACAUCUACAACUGGCGAUACGCAACGACGAGGAAUUGAACAAGCUCCUCUCCGGCGUCACCAUCGCCCAGGGUGGUGUGCUGCCCAACAUCCAGGCCGUGCUCUUGCCCAAGAAGACCGAGAAGAAGGCAUAAAUCGCCGCCGCGUUUUCGCAUCAUUUAUGUAUGCUGCACUCUGCUGCUGUAUACAUAUUGAUGAUCGAGACACGACCGAACGAAACGUGUGUGCACGUUUCUUCAAACAAAAAGGCCCUUUUCAGGGCCGCAAUAUGAUUCUGAGUAUUUAUGAAAUGUUUCUUGACGAUUGACACGAGUGCAAAUCUCUUCUUACACUAUACAAUAAUAAAUACUAUCACUACACAAUAUAAUGAAUAAUUUAUUGAUUGUCUGAAAAAGUCGGCAUGAUGGUUAACAGACAAAAUAAAUAAAUGCCUAAUUAUGAGAGAGAGACAAAAUAUACCCGUACGUAAAUACAUAGGUAGAUUCGAGUUUGAGCAUGAAAAAUCCUUAAGAAAAAUAUUUUAGUAUUUAUAACGUGAUGCGAU